GCCACAAUAGACGGCGAAACCCCUCGUCAGACGCAAGCGCGCCGAGUGCCAGCAGCAACGAUGGACUACUAUGAGAUCUUGGGCGUUGUUCGCGGUGCGUCGGACCAAGACAUCAAGAAAGCGUACCGCAAGCUCGCCAUGAAGUGGCACCCGGACAAGAACAAGGCCAACCGCGACGAAGCUCAAAACAAAUUCCAUGAAAUCUCCGAGGCCUAUGACGUCUUGAGCGAUCCCGAGAAGCGCGCGGUCUUUGACCAGCACGGCUACGACGGUCUACGCAACGGCGUGCCCAACGCGGACGGCGACGCGCGCGACGGCUACAGCUUUAACGACCGGCAGGCGGAGGACAUUUUCGCAAAGUUUUUUGGCUCGAACAACCCGUUCAGCGACUUUGGUUUUGGCGACACGCUGCCCUUCUCGAGCGCGCUCAAGAAGAAGGGUCCGGAGAAGUGCCCGUCGAUUGCCCGCGACGUCGAGUGCACGUUGGACGAGCUCUUCCACGGCGGCGCGACCAAGAAGGUGUCGGUCUCGCGCGUCCGGUUUCACGGCCCACACCUCAAGGAAGAAAUCAAGGUCUUCUUCAUCAAGGUGCAGCCAGGGUGGGCAGCCGGUACCAAGGUGACGUUCGAAGGCGAAGGCACCGAAACGAAGGAGCUCAGCGCCGGUGACGUCGUCUUCUCCAUCAUCGAAGCACCCCAUCCGACGUUUCGCCGCGCCAAGCACGAUCUCCUCUAUGUCGCCAAGAUCAAGUUGGCGGAUGCGCUCGCUGACUGCUGCGUCCAAGUGCCCACGCUGGACGGGCGCCAGCUCCCCAUUAGCUGCAACGAGGUGAUUGCGCCCAAGUCGGAAAAGCGCAUCAAGGGCGAAGGCAUGCCGAUUCCCGACACGGAGAAUGGUCGCGGCGACCUCGUCCUUCAAUUCGAGAUUCUCUUCCCCAAGUACCUCACGACGCUUCAAAAGACAGCGCUCAUCAAGAUUCUCGGGCAAUAGUUCAAACGGCCGCAAACGAUUGGUCUUUGCUAUGUGCGCGGUACGAAUACGUACAAUAAUGUGCGUGUCUAUAUAAUAACACUGAAAACACCCUACGUUUUCCAGGCGACAG